GUUAAUUUCAGAACAUCCUGUAGAGCGAUAAAUACAAGAAACCGGCGUCGCAUGAAGAGAUUGUGAAUUCAAGGGCGUGUACAUAUCGUAAAAUAGUGUUUUUGUUUCUUGCCUUCGCUAUGUCACUCCGUUCUUAGCUUCCAUCGAGAUUCACAUUUCCUCUUUGCCUUUUACAUAAAAAUCAUCGUGGGAAAAUGGGCCAACGUGUGUCAAGGACGGACUUUGAGUGGGUUUAUACGGAAGAGCCGCAUGCCUCGAGACGCAAAAUAAUUCUAGAGAAAUACCCACAGAUUAAAAAAUUGUUUGGAUCUGAUCCAAACUUUAAAUGGAUUGUAACUGGAAUGGUAUUAAUACAGUUUUUGUCAUUUUUCAUUGUCAAAGAUUUAAGUUAUCCAAAACUUUUGCUAUUAGCAUAUUGCUUUGGUGGUGUAAUAAAUCAUUCUCUUAUGCUUGCGAUACAUGAAAUUUCUCAUAAUCUUGCCUUUGGACAUGCCAGACCUAUGGCUAAUCGACUGUUUGGCUUUUUUGCAAAUUUGCCAAUAGGGUUACCGAUAUCUAUUAGUUUUAAAAAAUAUCAUCUUGAGCACCAUCGUUAUCAGGGAGAUGAGAAAUUAGAUACAGAUUUGCCAACGUUAUUAGAGGCAAAGUUGUUCAGUACAACCCUUGGGAAGUUCUGUUGGGUAUUGUUGCAACCAUUUUUCUAUGCAUUCCGACCUCUUGUAACAUAUCCAAAGAUACCAACUUCUUUGGAAUACAUCAAUUUAGUUAUACAAUUGACAUUUGAUGGUUGUGUAUGGUACUUUUUUGGUGGUAAAGUAUUGGUUUAUUUGCUUAUUGGCUCAGUCAUGGCAAUGGGAUUGCAUCCUGUGGCAGGACAUUUUAUAUCAGAACAUUAUAUGUAUAAAAAAGGUUUUGAGACAUAUAGUUAUUAUGGGCCCUUGAAUUUCAUCACUUUCAAUGUCGGAUAUCACAAUGAGCAUCAUGACUUUCCUGCAGUGCCUGGUUCGAGAUUGCCAGAAGUAAAACGUAUAGCUGCAGAAUUUUACGACAAUUUGCCACAGCAUAAUUCAUGGAUUUCUGUUUUGUACGAUUUCGUGAUGGAUCCUGAAAUUGGGCCAUAUGCAAGAAUGAAAAGAAGGCAUCGUGGUUUAGAUCAAUAGAUCUAUUAAUUUCUCAAAUUUUCUAUAGGAAUGUAUUAUAUAUAAUCAUAAGAUUUAUAUUUACAUUAUUAAUUCUAUUACUAUGAAAAAUUGCAUAUUUGUGGGGGAAUAUAAUUUAGAUACAUACUUUAUCAUUUGAAACAAAACACAAAUGACACAUGUUGGAAAUUACGAUGGCAUAUUUGCCUAUGUUAUAGAUGCAGAAGAGAUUAAGUGAUAUUAAUCUAUGGUAAAUAUCUUCUCAAUAUUCUUAUCUUAUCAAGUUGUUCAUAUCUCGUAAGUUUUUGUUUUCUAGAAUCUAGUCAUGAUAUCAGCAUUUUUUGAUUAAUUUGGAAAAAAUAUUUUUUUUCUUAGCACAAUGAAGAAAAUAAAAAAAGAACAUGAUUUAUUUUCAAUUUUUUCUCUAUAAUUGGCUAUCACAUUUCUUUCUUCUAAUAUUCUUAUCUUAUUAAUUGUGAUUAUUGACAUUUUCGACAAAAGCGAGUUUAAAUUCGAAAAUGAUUAAUGCUGUGUCUAUAGCUCUGCGUCUACAAUUUAAUAUAUAUAUAUCCAAUUGAGUUUGUAUAAAAUCAAAAUUGAAUUGAAUUUCUUUCAGAGCAAUUUAACCUGUGUCAAAAAUGCUAUAUAUUUUACAAAAUAGCAAAUUUAUAAUACGAAAGUAUACUCUGUAUACUUUUAUCUCUAAUAAUUUUUUCAUCGAUGUAACAUUGCCAUUAAAUACUCAGGUUUUAUUCAGAAAAGUGCAUAUGAUAGCAUAUGUUGUAUAUUAUGAACUUGUAUAUAUAUUAUUUUAAUGAAAUGCAAAUUGAUACAAACUAUUUG